UUUCCUGAAGCAGCUUCUCGAUCUUCUUAUGACUUCUUUUUUCUUUUAAAUACUCACAUCAUUCCUCCCUUAUUAUUACUAUUCUAUCUUCUUCCUUCGUGACUCUCAGGGGACGCUCUUCUUGUCUUUCGUUUUUUACUACCAAUCUUAACUAAUGGUGAGCGAUAACGGUGACCCGAUGAUGGUAAUAACAAAUGAGUCUCAGAGAACUGUUCCGACGCCGUUUCUCAUCAAGACCUUUAACCUCGUUGAAGAUCCUUCCAUCGACGACGUCAUCUCAUGGAACGAAGACGGUUCCUCCUUCGUCGUCUGGAACCCGACUGACUUCGCUAGAGACUUGCUUCCUAAACACUUUAAACACAACAACUUCUCCAGCUUUGUCCGUCAGCUCAACACUUACGGGUUCAAGAAAGUAGUCCCUGAUCGGUGGGAGUUUUCGAAUGAUUUCUUCAGGAGAGGAGAGAAACGUCUUCUCAAAGAGAUCCAACGUCGAAAGUUAACGCCUCAAGCAGCUGUUACUCCGCCGCCUGAAGUGGUUGCGGCGGCGGCGGCUCAGAGAGUUCAGACGACGAAAACGGUCGUGUCUCCGUCGAGUUCUGCGGAAGAUCAGGCGGUAUCUCCGUCGUGGUAUUGUCAAACCGGAAACGGUGGUGGCUUGUCUGUUGAGCUGUUAGAAGAGAACGAGAAGCUUCGGAGUCAGAACAUCCAGCUUAACCGUGAGCUUACUCAGAUGAAAUCCCUCUGCGAUAACAUCUUCAGCCUCAUGUCCAACUUCUCCGGAUCUCCUCCUGAACGGAGCUCAUCUCCCGGAGCUAGUACCAGUCAUGACGCGAUGAAAACGGUGGAGUUUUUACCGGCGAAGCGGUUUUCGGUUGAGACGGAGGGUGAGGAAGAAGCGAGUCAUAGGCUUUUCGGUGUUUCGAUAGGGCUGAAACGGACGAGAAGCGAAGGUGUUCAGGUGAAGGCGGUGGGAGAGAGACCCGGCGGAGGAGGGGAGAAGGAGGAGACGCCGUGGCUGAGACACUAUAAUAGGACCAAUCAGAGAGUCUGUAAUUGAACGGCUCGGAUUGUGUGUGCGCGAAGUAGAGGAUCAAAGCUUGCAGACAAUAGGCACGUGUCUUGUCUGUUUCAAGAAGUUUCAUCAAUCUUGACUUCUUCUCUAACAUGUUGUCAUAAUAAAAAAACGCUCUUUUUGACUU